GAUGGUUGACACGGGGAAGGGUUCCCAGCACGGCAUGUAACUCAGGAGGCGAUAACGUUUGCUGCUCAACGCCGGAUAUAUAUAUAUCAUAGUUCUACAGGAUAUUCUAACAGACGGCGUUACUGAAAUGGACGAUGUGGAGAUCACAGAUGUCGAAGAAGAAAACUCGCCUUUUCUGGUGGAGAAGGCACCCCUCGACAACCAGGAUCUGAGUUCCGUGAGCCUGCUUGUAGGAGAGCUUCUGUCCCAGUAUGGAUGGUACCUGCUGGUUGGGACUGUUGUCGUCUACCUGCUCAUCCAGUAUCUGAGCAAGAGGAUAUCCAGCAGGAGCUCCAGCAGCUCACCCGAACAAACACUGCAAGAUGCAGCGUUGGUGGCAAAAAGACAAGAAGGCAUGGAAGCUUCUCGCAUGAAGAUGCAACAGGAGCUUGAUGCCAAAGCUGUAAUCUUCAAAGAGAAGCAAAGACAGCAAGAAGAAGAGAAGAGGAGGCAGAAAAUCGAGCUAUGGGAGAGUAUGCAACCGGGAAGAAGUUUUAAAAGCGGCAAAACGUCUCGGACCACCGAAGAGGCCGACUCAUCAACGACCGCGUCCAAACCAAAGUCGGACAAGAAGCCACUUCGCAGUGAGGACUACAACCCCUUGACCGGACAGGGAGGAAGCUCCUGCGCCUGGAGGCCUGGCAGGAGAGCGCCGUCAUCUGGUGGAUGAGGGUAAAGAGGGUCAGAGGCGUUGGUCUGUUUGACCUCUGACCUCUGACAUCCUGAUGCGCACACUGACUGACUAAACCAAGCUGCCAAUAUCACAAACCCUAAGAUAUAUCACCAAUAUGUUAUAUUAGUUUUUUAAACCUGCUCCAUAUUUCUAGUGGGUGUUGAUCAGUUGGCUUCAUUAAUUGCAUCUCUCCCGUUUUCAACUGUUAUUUACUUAGUUCACCUUCAAAGGGAUUCAUUAAUGUGGGCGUUGAAAGCUUGUAAUGACGCCAUUCCUGUAACCGGUGUGAAACCAGCAGGUUUGGCUGAUGAAGUUCUCAGUCGGUGUGUUUUUCUUCUCAUAUAUUUUCAUAUUUGUACCAGCAGAGCUAUCGAGUUGAUGUUACUACAGUAGCUGCUGGUGGACAUGACAAGAUCUCGUCCAUUCUGAUGAUGUAGUUAACAGUUUGAUCAAAAUGUAAGACGGGUAUGUCUAGACUGUAUACGCAUAUUUGUAGUCAAUAAAGAUAUGCUCCUGGGUA